AUGCCGAAAGAAAAGAAAAAGGCAGAUAAAAAGGCAGAAAAAGCUGCCCGAUCUCCGUCUCCUCUGUCUGACCAACCCGCCGAUAUAUCCAAACAAGAUUCCAAUCUUCCAAAGCAGGAGGCGAUUCCUGUCAUCCCAGAGCCUGAAGUUCUGUCGCUCAAAGAAGAGAAGCCGGAAGAAGUGCAAGUAGAGAUACCUCAAUAUUACGAAGAGCCUAUUCUCACCAAACUGAUUGUUUUAAGCUAUGAAGGUGAAAAAGUCCGUGGACUGUAUGAGGGAGAAGGUGUGGCCUACUUUGAGGGAGGAGGUGAAUAUAGAGGUAUGUUCUCAGAAGGACUUAUGCAUGGACAAGGAACUUACAUCUGGGCUGAUGGAUUAAAAUAUGAGGGAGACUUUGUUAAGAACAUACCUAUGUAUCAUGGUACUUACACGUGGCCUGAUGGUAGCACGUAUGAAGGAGAAGUGACAAAUGGAAUAAGACAUGGAUUUGGAAUGUUCAAAUGCAGCACCCAACCAAUAUCUUACAUUGGCCAAUGGUGUCAUGGCAAGAGGCAUGGAAAGGGCUCCAUUUAUUACAACCAGGAUGGCACCUCUUGGUAUGAAGGAGAUUGGGUCUACAAUAUCAAAAAAGGAUGGGGCAUAAGAUGUUACACAUCUGGAAAUAUUUAUGAAGGUCAGUGGGAAGACAACAUGCGCCAUGGUGAGGGAAGGAUGAGAUGGCUGACAACAAAUGAAGAGUAUACUGGUCAGUGGGUGAAGGGCAUCCAGAAUGGUUUUGGAACACAUACUUGGUUUCUAAAGAGAAUCCCUGGCUCUCAGUAUCCUUUGAGAAAUGAAUAUGUAGGAGACUUUGUAAAUGGAGAUCGUCAUGGCCAUGGCAAAUUUUUCUAUGCCAGUGGUGCAAUGUAUGAUGGAGCAUGGGUUUGCAAUAAGAAACAUGGUUUUGGCAGGUUAACAUUCAAAAAUGGACGUAUUUAUGAAGGACAGUUUGCCAAUGACCACAUAGCAGAGCUUCCAUUGUUUCACAUCGAUGCAGAAAGUAGCCCAGGCGAUGACAGUGCUUGCCCAGAACCUCCAUUUAGUGCUGAGAUUAUCAGAAAACUUGAUGGCAGUGAAAGCAAUUCUGUGUUAGGAUCAUGCAUUGAACUUGAUCUGACUUUGCUGUUAGACAUGUACCCUCCAAAAGACAGACCUGAAGAAAAGAAACAGGUAGAAUUUGCUGUUUUGAGAAAUAUUUCAGAAUUAAGAAGAAUCUAUAGCUUUUACAGCAGCCUAGGAUGUGAUCAUUCUCUUGACAACACCUUCCUGAUGACAAAGCUUCAGUUCUGGAGGUUUUUAAAGGAUUGCAAGCUUCAUCACAAUAAAAUAACUCUUGCUGAUAUGGACAGGGUAUUAAGUGAUAAUAAUAAUAUUGCAGUUGAAGAAAUUCACUCCCCAUUUACCACUUUACUACUGAGAACGUUUUUGAAUUAUCUCUUACAACUAGCAUAUCACAUUUAUCACAAAGAUUUCAAAAAUGGAAGCCCAUCCCUCUUUAUGUGUUUUUCAAGAAUGAUGACUGAUAAUAUUGCUCCCAAUGCCUGUCAGAUAAAAGGCAACUUCUUCUGUGACCAACAGCGGACUGUCUAUGCAAUGAAUUAUAUCGAUAAAUGCUGGGAGAUUUAUUUAGCUUACUGUAGACCAAACUCUAAUCCCCCUCAUGAGCUAACAAUGAAGACCAGACACUUCCUCUGGAUGUUGAAGGAUUUUAAAAUAAUAACCAAAGAUUUAACAGCAACCAAAUUUGUGGAAAUCAUAGCAGAAGAUAGUCCUUUCAUGCAUGAUGGAAUUGAUAGCAACUUUGAACUUGAACUGGUUUUUCUAGAAUUCUUUGAAGCUCUGUUAGGCUGCGCACUUUUCUCCGAUACAACGCAGACAGAUAAGCAACCACAAGGAAGCCACACAACUGAUGAUUUUACUGCAGUCAAGUAUAUCAGUACACAACAGACUGUUUCGAACAGGAGCACGAGUGCUUUAACUAGCUACGAUUCUGAUAUCACCCACUUUGUCAGUGCAAAGUCUUCCUCCAGCAAGCUAGGACUGCCUGUGGAACUUAACAGAAUGAGGAAAUCUGAGACAAAGUCUAAGGAGUCUCUAAGUGAAGAAAAAGGUUCCAAACUGGGCUAUAAACCCAUGGGAAAAGGAGUAUCUCUUUUUUUAGCACAACUGGCUCGCAGUGUGACACUUGAUUCUCAGGUACAGCAGUCGGUCUAUUCAGAAGCAGUCUCCAAAUCAGAAGAUAAAGAGGAAGUGGGACCAUCACAGCCCAUUUCUGACUUUGAAGAAUGUGCUAUGAAGGAGAUGUCAGAAAAAUUUGAAAAGUCCAAGGAUAGCAGAAAAGAAAAAAUCAACACAUGGAUCAGUCACAUAUACUUCUUUUUUGUGAACACGUUCUUUCAAGCAUACAAACAUGAAGAAAUUUUAAAAGAGAAAAUAAAGGAAAACAGAAUACUGGAAGAAGAAUUGGCCCAGAAGAAAAAAACUGAAAAUGAAGAAAUAGAAGCAAGGCUUAAUCUCUUACUAGAGGAAGAAGCCAAAAGACAAGAUUAUGAAAUGGAAACAAUUACUGUCCUGACUAAAGACACAUCAGAAGAUUUACCUCAUUUUACACCAAGUCCUCCUAAAGAAGAAGCUGUAGUUAAGUCUACUGUAAGUAAGAAAAAGAAAAGGUAA